CUUCAGGUGAGGCUGGUGGUGAUGAGGACCCGGAAGUAGCAGCCAGAUGGUGAAAGCGGGUGGUCCUCACAGUGUUUGGAAGGGAUUCCAUGUUUUCGUUGGCCCUGAAAUGCCUUAUCAGUUUAUCCACCAUCAUCCUGCUUGGUUUGAUCAUCGCCUAUCACACAAGGGAAGUACAGCUCUUUGUGAUCGACAAUGGUGCAGAUGACUGGCGGAUAGCCAUGACCUACGAGCGUAUCCUCUACAUCAGCCUGGAGAUGCUGGUGUGCGCCAUCCACCCCAUCCCUGGAGAGUACAAGUUCUUCUGGACUGCACGCCUGGCCUUCUCCUAUACCCCAUCUCGGGCAGAGGCCGACGUGGACAUUAUUCUGUCCAUCCCCAUGUUCCUGCGCCUGUACCUGAUCGCCCGAGUCAUGCUGCUCCAUAGCAAACUCUUCACUGAUGCCUCCUCCCGCAGCAUCGGGGCCCUCAACAAGAUCAACUUCAACACCCGAUUCGUCAUGAAGACUCUCAUGACCAUCUGCCCCGGCACGGUGCUGCUGGUGUUCAGCAUAUCUCUGUGGAUCAUCGCUGCCUGGACUGUGCGAGUCUGUGAAAGGUACCAUGACCAGCAGGAUGUAACUAGUAACUUUCUGGGUGCCAUGUGGCUCAUCUCCAUCACGUUCCUUUCCAUUGGCUAUGGGGACAUGGUGCCCCACACAUACUGUGGGAAAGGUGUCUGUCUUCUCACCGGCAUCAUGGGUGCAGGUUGCACUGCCCUUGUGGUAGCUGUGGUUGCCCGAAAGCUCGAACUCACCAAAGCAGAGAAGCAUGUGCACAACUUCAUGAUGGACACUCAGCUCACCAAACGGAUCAAGAAUGCCGCCGCCAAUGUCCUCCGGGAAACGUGGCUAAUCUAUAAACACACAAAGCUGCUAAAGAAGAUUGACCAUGCCAAAGUCAGGAAACACCAGAGAAAGUUCCUCCAAGCUAUCCACCAACUGCGGGGUGUCAAGAUGGAACAAAGGAAGCUGAGUGACCAAGCCAACACCCUGGUGGACCUUUCCAAGAUGCAGAACGUCAUGUAUGACUUAAUCACGGAGCUCAACGAUCGGAGUGAAGAUCUAGAAAAGCAGAUUGGCAGCUUGGAGUCCAAGCUGGAGCACCUCACAGCCAGCUUCAAUUCCCUGCCCCUGCUCAUCGCAGAUACCCUGCGCCAGCAGCAACAGCAGCUGCUCACUGCCUUCGUGGAGGCCCGGGGCAUCAGUGUGGCCGUGGGAACUAGCCACGCCCCUCCCUCUGACAGCCCUAUCGGGAUCAGCUCCACCUCUUUCCCAACCCCAUACACAAGUUCAAGCAGUUGCUAAAUAAAACUCCCCACUCCAGAAGCAUUACCCAUAGGUCUUAAGAUGCAAAUCAACUCUCUCCUGGUCGCUUUGCUGUCAAGGAAGUUUCAGACCAGGGAACAGAACGAAGAGAGAUGGAACCGAUGAGCUGACUCAUGUUCUUUCAGCGUGCUUUGUUCGAUAUGCCUUGAAACCAGAAAUCUAAUCUCUGUUUAGGUGCCUCUACUUGGGAGCUGGAAGACAAGGUGACGGGAAGCAACGCCUCUGUCAGGGCCCUUGCUGCAGAGUUGGCGGAGAACAGAAAUCCCUGCUCAAUCUCAGGUUUUCACAGGGAGGUGGGGAGGGGCAGCCACUCUGAAGCAGCUGAGAGGGAAGCCAGCCAAAGUGGGGUGUGCUGAGCAAGGGUGGUAUUAGGUUUGGGGGAUGGGUUCCUGGCUGCCUUGGGACCUCAGCUCACCUGUCCUGUCCUUUUGUCUAAGGAAGCCUCUGGGUGGUUAAAAAAAUAAAAAAUAAAAGAGAGCCGCCCAGAACUUUCCAAAACGGACAUACCCAAAUUAGACUUGGGGAGGGUGGUGACGUAGACAAAUAAAAAGCCAGAUUUUCCAUCCAAUAAUACUAUCCAUCAUAUACACACACAGAUGUUCAAUUCAGGUCCUUUUCUGUUUGAGUUGAGCCCAAAUGAAAGGGACCUGGUACCUCACCUUGCACACAGUAAUUCUGCAUUGAGAUGAUGCGUGGGGUGUGUUUAGUUGAGGACUAUAGCAGGUAUUGGCCACAUUUUGAGCUUCACUGAAGAUGCAGAUCCCAUCACAGUGUCCUGAGCAUGCAUGUGGCCUGAUUUAAAUGUAUGCCAACCCCACACUGGAGAGAUAGGCGUCCUUCUCAAGACAACAGCUUUUGAAGAGGUUUCGUCCAGCCAAAUAAGCUGUGUGCGAUGGAGCCCAUGUUCCCAGGUGUCUGUGUGUGGGAUAGGAGGAGACGAACGUGCCCAGCGCCACCAUAGUGAAUGCAACUAUUGUCUGGGGCUUUGCUGAAGCAUCUUCAGCCAGCAGCAGAUUCCAGCCAGAGAUGUAGGAGUGUGGAAGGAUCAGUGCCUAACACUGCUAGGUUGGAAGGAGAAAGGUAGAGAGUGGCUCCUGUGGUCCCUUCUACCUUACCUGACAUCAUCUCAAAAUGAAACACUGUGAGAACACAAGAAGCCCUAGGGACAUGCGUGUAAAGUGAGAGGACACGUUUGUUGGAAGCUUGUUCCUAUUGCGCCACAUUCAUCUUAGGGCACUGAAUCCAAGAGACUCCAGAAACAAGCAGAUCCGGGACAGGGAUGGCCACUUGCUUUUAUCCCCAUUGCUCUGUGAUCUGACCGUACACAAAGCUGUGGUGGGAAAGCUAUUGAGUUUUAUCACUUCUCCCAUCCGGUGGUCUUCGAUUUCUGCUUAUAAGAAAUUAUACGUGGAAUAUUUCAUCCACCUUUUGGUAGGACAAAAGGAUGUUAUCUGUGUACAGUUGCGGUCUUGAGAGUAGCCCCGUGUCAGGCUAUCCCUGGAGGCAUCGUCUUACUAUGUUCAUUUUUCUUGUGCAAUGUUGGGGCUGGUCCUCUCAGGAUGGGGAGUUGCUGGACAGUGAGGCGGGCAACCGUGGCGUGGAAGACAUGCCUUGGAUUUUUUUGUUUGUUUGUUGCUAAGCCUCUUGUUUGUCUUUCUGUCUUGCUGCUGCUGUCUUGUGUCUUAUGUCCGCAGUGCUGGAGACCAGACUUGCGGCUUCAAGUUAAACAAGUGCUGUUCCACUCAGCCACACCCCAGCCUGCUGCUAUUGUCUUAAUGGCCUAUCUUCUUAAUGGUCUGUCUUGAUCGCCCCCUCAAGCAUUUUCAUUAGCUGUUUUGCACACCAGAGAGGCCACAUUUGUCGUUAGCAUUUAAUUCUUUUUACUUGUUCUUUUAAUUAUUAAUUAUCGGAAAGAUUAUUUUUAUCCUGAGAAUGGUAUUCCUGUUUUCAGUUUAACCAUACCUACAGACAGAUAUACACACAGAUGAAAUAGCCAUUGUAUCUUCUUUGUAGCAUUGGUUGCAUUUCACAGAAGGAAGGCUGCUGAUGGACCCACUUCCUAGUCACACCUUGCUCUCUGUCACACCUUGCUGUGAUCCUGUGCUGUGUGGCCAUAAGCAUGACACAUCUAGGAUUUAGUUCCCAUUUCCACACAAAUGACAUGCAAGAUCCCACUGCUUCUCCUGCUGUGUAUCCAUCUUGGUCUAGUCAUAGUCUACAAUCUGUUUUUUUUGUUGAUAUUCUUGCUAAGUAAACCCUGAAGGCCAAGCUAGCAAUGCUAGUUAAGAGGAUGGCUAGAGCUGUUUCAGGAGGGCACCACUAGCAUUAGAGAGAGACGUGGGCAUUUGUAGGGUGGCCUGGCCCAUUGGUAUUGCAAUAGGUCUGUGUGGUCUUAUCUCUAGGAAAAGAAUAUACCUCGGAGACCGUGACAGGAUUAGAAAGUUGGCUCUGUGAUGGCAAAUGAGCUGCUGCGUCUCUGUCCUGAUAUUGCAGCUUCAUGAGGGAAGUCAUAAUUCUCUUGCAAAUAUAAUCGACCCUUGAUGACCUAGGCAAUGAGGACCCGGGUUACCUCACCCAGACGUAUCCCUGAAUCUUUUAGAUGAUUCCACAUCACCUAAGCAUCCCAGUUGAGUGGGGAAGGAGGCUCGUGGAUUCUAAGGGUAUGUGGUAGUGGUAAAGGUCUGAGUCUCAAGAGUGGGCUGCAAUUUAAAACUAUGAAUUACUGUAAUUUUGCCCUAGCCCUGAACUGGUCCAAUUCCACUCACUCCUAGGAGGCUGACCAAUGGCAGAGGCCUUCCUAGCAUCUCUCCAGGAAUGUAGUAGCAGACAGAAGCACUCCAAUAUUUCCCCAAAUAUCUGGACACUUGAAUUAAAAAUAUAGAGCCACCCUGUCAUUGCUUAAGCCAUAUAAUUGCUUCAUGUACUGUGAAGUCAGGGAUGUACUGUGAUACUCCAAGACCACUGAGCUCAGUGGGAUUUCAGGACAUAGCAUCAGUUGGUAAUUUACACCCAACUCAUUCUUCCUUAGAUUGACAUCCAAAUAAGAAUCUGCACCUUUGGCUCAAAGGUCACAUGUGUGGUCAUCAUCAAUAAAUCAUUAUGAAGUGUCUGUGAGCCAUUCUUACCACCUCCAUAGUGUAUAACUCCAUGACAUCAUGUCUCAAGAUAUGACCCAAGUGAACGAGAGGGGCUAUAGCCAUGCAUCACCAGUGACUGUGACCCCAACAGGGUCCUGUGCUGAAAUAACAACCUUGUAAAUUAGAAGAUGUAGAAACUGUAUGUGAAAUCUAGCCCUCAAACAGCCACAGCACUGACAAAUAAUGAUUUCAAUGUAUCUGGGGAGUUUCCCCUUCCAAAGAAGUCAUGGAAAGAAGAAAACUAGUGAUACAAAAAUCAGAAUAGGUAAAACUCUGAGACUGGAGCCAAAUCCCACCAAUAUGUCUGUUUGUGUAUAUUUAAAAGGGAAGAUGAAUUAAUAUUAAGUUCAAAGUAUUCAGUAGAAGACAAAAUGAGAUCCCUAUCGCUAGCGCAGCAGCCUUGACUGACUAGCUAACCCACACUUAGAUGUUACAUUUGAAUCUAGUGAUAGUUACCAAAAAGUAAUUAUUGCACAUUGGAAAGGUAGUGAUUUGCAGGGAGAAAAAUGGGGUUUGUGCAGAGUUCAGGAAGCCCCCCUCCUCCAGAGAAUGACAAACAAUGUAUUCCAAAUAGAGAGUCAGUGUUCCAUCUUAAAACAGACACCCUGGCUACUGUUAGAGAAACCCGGCUGAGACACUGUGACACUAGCAGCAGGUUGUGACUUUCUAAACUACUGCUUUUAAAUGCUUCAUCCAGUCACUCCACUUCCCCCAAAGCUACUAGAAGCAGAUGAAGGAUCCAUUAGUGGUCAUUCUGCUGUCCCUGUUGACUUCUUGGUCUUUGGCUUCAGUCCCUUAGAUGGCUGUCUGGAGGCUUCCUGGCAGACACGAACAGUUCAUUCUCUCCCCUGUAGCUAGCUGGUUUGUUCAUGCCUUGGGCAGUAUCCCUUCCUUCUCCAUUACUGCCAAAGCAAACAUCUGGGGAGUGGGAUUAAAGCUAGCCCUAAGACGGGGGCAACGGAGGGUGGUGCUAGUGUCUGCCUGUGGUAACAGGAAGCUCGUAUAGUCAGGCUACGUGAAUAGUAAGCUCCUGCCAGCCAAGGAAUAUGUAGACUUGUGUUGAACUAGACCACAGCUUAUGAACACAUGUUCUGUGCAGUGGUCUAUAGGCAGCCACAGAGGGGGAUGUAACUGUGACCUUUUUGUCUUACGCCAUUACUGGAAAUGCCCACACAUGAACUGGAGUUCCCUCGGAACAACAUUGUCAAAUCUUCAACAGACGACCUCCGAACCAGGUGCCAGGAGCCUUGCACAGCUGUUUACACACUGAGACAUGUAUUCUGGAAGCUGAGAGAAACCUCGGGCCUGGACUGACAAGAGACCUUGUGACCAAUCAAGCUGGUGGAGGAAAAGCACAAAAUUCAAUACCAACCUCUAGUUAAGAUCCCAAAGAUAUGCUGACAUUUCUGGCAAAAAUAAUAAUAAUAAUAAAUAAUAAUAAAUAAAUAGGACAAAUUAAAAAAAUGAAUCUGAUUGGAACAGCCGACAUCCAGCUUCCCAGAGGGAGGACGGGGCUAAGUGACAUUCUCCAGCUGUGUCACUUCUCGGAUCCCAACCAGAGCUGACCCACCUUCAUCAUAUAUGGUGUUUAAUGGCGCAACAGAGUGAUCGAUUUAGUCCCAGAUUCUCCAUUCUGUUCUGGCCACAAGAUAACAACAAACGCGAGUGAUAGGAUGUUGAUGGAGGAACCAUUUUCAUAGCAAACUCAGAAAUGGAGGUGUUUAUAUUCCUAACCAGAUGGGCUUCAGUAUGAAUUUGCAUCUUGCCUCUGUACUGCUUGCUAUUUUUUAAAUGAUAGGAGAAAGCAUAACAGUUUAUUUUAAAUAUGAAAUAUAUUGCUAUAUUAUAAAAUAUAUUGUAACUUUCGAUUAACAUUUUGUAUUGAGCUAGUCUUUAGCAGGCUGGGUGACAGCCUGCUUUCUUUCCUAACAACUGUUUCUGGGUACACAUCACUGUUAGCAGUUGCCUGACCCCCAAACCCAGGGUCCUGGUUCCACAGCAGGCCAGACGGCCAUAUUCUCAUUCUCCAAGACUGAACAGUAGAGACAAAAAUAGCCAUGAGAUAAGCAUAGAAGAAUAAUUCCACCCUAAAUUCUACCAAGCCAUUCCAGAAGCGAUUUGUGAAGCCAUCACUCCUUAAGUAGCCGUCAACAGUUUAGUAAAAGCGUAGACUCUUUUUAUCUAAAUGCAAAGGGACCAUUCUGUACGUUUUUUGCCUCAGGCAGAGCCAACCAGCUUUCCUCUGGCAACAUCAGAAUUGGGCAUUAAAAAAAAAAAAAAAAAAAAAAAAAAGAGUCUUGUUUACUCUGCCUCAAAAUACUAAAAUUUCUGAGCAUUGAGUUUCUCUAUAUACGAGGACAACCAAGAUUAGAAUUCUCUCCAGGCAGGGCCCAGUGAGAACUGAGGUGCAGGUGUGCCUCUCUGAGUUGACAAUCUCUUGAAGGAGGAUGUGGUUCAGGAAGGGGAAAAUCAAGGUUUCCACAGUUUGUCCUUGGUGCUGGAGGAGGAGGCAGGACGUGCACAGCAAGACUCAGUAAAGAGCCAGCUUCCUCAUUUCCUAUUCACUGUAGCUAGGGGGAGACGGUUCUGAAUAUCACAUUUCCUCUUAUGGCAAAAAUGAGCAGCCCAUGAAACCCACUCACUCCUUUUCGAUACAGUACCUUAGAUAUACGUGCAGAACUACAGAGUUCCUUCCUUUGAAUUGCCAGGGUCCUAUUCUAUAUUAAAAUAGAUGAAGGAUGUCUUCCCUAAAUCUGCACAUCUCCCGAUGAGGACCUUGCUUGAUGGCAUCACUUCUGCACAACACAGGACAGGUGCAGACCAAGGAGCAUCAAGGGAGAGUUACCUGCCUGCCUCUUCCCUUUGUAAACUCUGGAAAUGCACACAGGUCCACAGAUCAUGCAAGACUGUAGGUGCUACCCUGGGAAAGAGACUAGAAGUCUCUAAGGUUCCCUGAACUUCAGCCGUAGCACCUGUUAGUCAUGCCUAAUGACAGACAAGUUUCUAAACAUCCAGUUUCAAUCAGCUGGAGUAGCCAGGGCUGUCUGUGUGAGCAAGUCACGUUUGUUUCUCUCGGCAUCCGCAUUACUCUUCAGUUAUGUGCUAGACUGAGCACCAUUAAAGCCAUCAGAACCCCAGGGCACCUGUUUUUAACACAUUACUUACUCGCUGGGUAAUGGAAAUGAGCUAACUCUCAAUUUGGUAAUUGACUGAGAGAUAUUGAUUUGUUUCUUUAUACAUCUCCUGCUCAAAAUGGAGCUCUUUUGGCUUUUACUUCUAGUGAUCUAUAGACUGGCUAAGAUGUUUACAUGUAUAAGAGAACACAUCCUUUCCCAUCAAAGAUGUAACUGAUCCACAAUCAAGGAAACUAACCCAAAUUCUAGUUUUGGUGGAAACAAGCUCUGGACAAUAAUUCAUGUGCGUAGCCACAUGCUAAUCCUUGGUACUCCAGGUGAGACCAAAGACCGGUGGCAUUCACGUCUCCCACAAACCUGUCAGAAACAGGCUCCCCGUGCCAGGCCCACUCAGUCACAAUUAGCAUUUUACCCAGAGCUCCUGGUGAUCUGUAUACAACCAACGCUGAGAAGUGCUGGCCUCACUGUACUGCAAUGGUAACCAAUAAUUCAGCUAUUUCUUUCUCAGAUCUCAGUUACCAAACUGUUUGAUGAUAGACAGCUCUUAUAUGAUUGUAAGGAUAAAGAUGGGUUUAAUGUGAUUGUGAGUAUAAAGAUGGGUGUUAUCUUAAAAUUCCAUUUGAUAUUGCACAGUUUAAAUGACAUACAUGAACUGUAAUGUCAAUUGGAGGUGGCUUUUCUCUAGUCUGAUGUGAAAAACCACUCAAGUGACAGCUUUGAGCCACCUCAAAGCCCCCUUUUAGACUAUGAUCAUGGGCCUUCAGCGUAUAAGGUGGAGCCAUGGACGAGCCCUGGAUAGAAGGCUCCCUCCCAAGUCUCUCCUCCGCAUACUGCAGAAAUGGGAUGUUCCUGGUUCCCUGUCCCUCCAUGAGGAAGCCAGCAUCUCUCAGUGAGGACUCUCCUUAGACAUUCAGACACAUUCCUAAUCUCCUGAGGCUUCUCCUAUUUGUCACAGCAAGCAGGGCAAGGAGAGAUGUGAAUUCUGAUAUUGGCACCCUAAAUUGAUAUGUACCCAGAAACAGUUAUGUUCUAAAUUAAUGGCUUUAACCUGUUCAUUGUAAAAAGUGCCUUGGACUUCAAUCUAAAGAGGUCAGUAUAAAUAUGUAUGUGUGUGUGUGAUGUGUAUGUAGGCAAAUAUUUACAUAUUUAUACAUACACAGGUGCAUACACAUAUACCUGCACAUUCAUAUAUAAUAUAUACAUAUAUAUAUAAAUGCUUCAUAAUAUAUCAUAUUGCUAUUCACAGCUUCUUAUUUUGUUUGGUCCUAUGUUUAUUUGUUUAGUGAGAUCUUUACAUAGAAAGGUUCUAUUUAGGACAUGGAUGUAUUUUUUGUUUGUUUUUUACUUUUUAUUAAAAAGGUAAAGGAUAUUAA